AUGCUUCUUUACCCUCCUCCCACCAAGAUCAUGGAAAGAGACCCCAGGGGUCCGGUCCAGAGCAUCGCAGCAUCCAUAGCAACCAGACUUCGGCUUCCUCCGUCACCAUGGUGCUGGCUCCGCCGGGCGGACGGUCGCCAUGGUAACUGGAGGCGGGCCGCGGGGGUCCCGGCGGGCCGGGCGCAUGCGCGAGCGGCCGCGGGCUCCUCAUCUCCCCUCGACAUGGCGCUGAGGCGGCGGCCGCGGUUAGGGCUGUGCGCCCGGCUGCCCGACUUCUUCCUGCUGCUGCUCCUCAGGGGCUGCUUGAUAGGGGCUGUGAAUCUCAAAUCCAGCAACCGAAACCCAGUGGUGCAGGAAUUUGAAAGUGUGGAGCUGUCUUGUAUCAUUACGGAUUCACAGACAAAUGAUCCUAGGAUUGAAUGGAAGAAAAUUAAAGAUGAACAAACCACAUAUGUGUUUUUUGACAACAGCAUUCAGGGAGACUUGGCAGGUCGUGCAGAGCUAUUGGGGAAAACUUCCCUGAAGAUCUGGAAUGUGACACGGACAGACUCGGCCGUUUAUCGCUGCGAGGUCGUUGCUCGAAAUGACCGCAAAGAAAUUGAUGAGAUUGCCAUUGAGUUGACUGUGCAAGUGAAGCCGGUGACCCCCGUCUGCAGAGUGCCGAAGGCUGUUCCUGUAGGCAAGGUGGCGACGCUGCACUGCGAGGAGGGCGAAGGCUCCCCCCGGCCUCACUACAGCUGGUACCGCAACGACAUGCCACUGCCCACAGACUCCAGGGCCAACCCCCGCUUCCGGAAUUCCUCUUUUCUCUUAAACUCUGACACAGGCACUCUGGUUUUCACGGCUGUUCACAAGGAGGAUUCUGGGCGGUAUUACUGUAUCGCUUCCAAUGACGCAGGCUCCGCCAGGUGUGAGGAGCAAGAGAUGGAAGUCUAUGACCUGAACAUUGGCGGAAUUAUUGGGGGGGUUCUGGUUGUCCUUGCUGUACUGGCACUGAUAACGCUGGGCAUCUGCUGUGCCUACAGACGUGGCUACUUCAUCAACAAGCAGGAUGAGGAAAGUUACAAGACCCCAGGGAAGCCAGAUGACGCUAACUACAUCAGGACAGACGAGGAGGGCGACUUCAGACACAAGUCGUCGUUUGUGAUCUGAGUCCUGG